AUGGAGGGGGCCCAUACUACGCCGAUGCAAGCACAGAAUCGAUCGACUCCAGAUUGGUGCAAUCAGAAAAUCUUUCAACGCAACCGUCUUGCCCCUCGAUCCUACUAUGUUCCGGAUACGGCGGUCUGUUUGAACGGGAAAUGGGCUUUCAAUUACUCCCAAACUCCCCAACAGGCGCCUGAUUGUAAAACAUUCAGCAGCCGAUCCCCUUUUGAGCCCGAAACACAGGAUGUCGCUUGGGCACCCAUCGAUGUUCCCGGCCAUUGGCAGUUGCAGGGUUAUGGCAGACCUCAUUAUACCAACAUUGUCUAUCCCUUUCCCGUCUGUCCACCUGACGCACCAACGGAGAAUCCCACUGGGACGUACUGUCGAGUCUUUGACUUGCCCUCCACGUUCAGCGAGGACAGCCAGCUGAGACUGAGGUUCGACGGCGUGGACAGCGCCUUCUAUUUGUGGUUGAAUGGAGAGGAGGUCGGCUAUGCUCAAGGGAGUAGGAACCCAGCAGAAUUCGACAUCACGAAGCAUGUACGAAGAGGCAAGCCCAAUCAUAUUCUGGUCAAAGUUCUUCAAUGGUGCUCUGGAAGCUAUAUUGAGGAUCAAGAUCAAUGGUGGCUUUCCGGUAUCUUUCGCGAUGUUCACCUCAUAGCGCUUCCAGGCCGGGCGCGAAUCGAGGAUUUCUUUAUCAAGACGCAGCUUGACGAAAAGUACGAGGAUGCGGCACUGGACAUUGACAUCGACUUGGUUUUACAAGAUGAAUGCCUCCUGUCAUUAGACCUCAGAGAUACCAAUGGCAAACUUAUCACGAAAGAGAAGCACAUUCCCCUUGCAUCAAAAUCUACAAAGUACUCACAUUCAAUCAAAGUCCCGAACCCACACAAAUGGACUGCAGAGACGCCUUAUCUCUACACCCUAGAGAUACGCCUUUCGUCCGCUACGGGCGGUGCUAACGCGAUUCAUUCCAUCAACCACGCAGUGGGUUUUCGCACCGUUGAGGUCAAAAAUGGCAACAUCCGCGUCAACGGGAAAGCCAUUCUAUUCCACGGUUCCAACCGCCAUGACAACCAUCCGCACCUCGGCCGUGCAGUUUCAUCCGACUGGGUCCGUCGCGAUCUUCUUCUAAUGAAGAACCACAAUAUCAAUGCAGUGCGCUGUUCCCACUACCCUUCUCAUCCGAGUCUGCCUGGGCUCUGCGACGAGCUCGGUUUGUGGGUCAUCGAUGAAGCAGAUCUCGAAUGCCACGGCUUCGCAGCUGCGGCGGCUUCAGGGCUCAACCUCGAAGGUCUAAACUAUGAGGAAAAGGUGCGGCGUACAUCGAAGGACGCCGCAGAUUACACCUCGGACAACGUCGAGUGGGAGUCUGCGUAUCUCGACCGUAUGUAUCAAUUGGUCGAACGUGACAAGAACCAUCCAAGCGUUAUCAUUUGGUCGCUGGGAAAUGAAGCAUUCUAUGGCCGGAAUCAUGCUGCCAUGUCCAAGUGGGCGAAGGAACGCGAUCCCGGCCGCCUGAUACAUUACGAGCCAGACUGGCAAGCCAGAACGACCGACAUGAUUUCACACAUGUACACGUCUCCUGCUGACUUGAAGAGAGAAGCAGAGUCCGAGGGUGAUGAUUUCGAAAAGCCCAUCAUACUAUGCGAAUAUGCUCAUGCAAUGGGCAAUGGUCCCGGGCUUUUGAACUCCUACCGGUCCCUUUUCCGCUCACACAGACGGCUCCAAGGAGGGUUCAUCUGGGAAUGGGCGAAUCAUGGACUGUGGAAAGAAGAUGUCGACGGUAAGAAAUACUAUGCGCAUGGUGGCGAUUUUGGUGACGUGCCGAACGAUGGCACUUUUGUCAUGGAUGGCCUCUGCCACAGUGACCAUACGCCCUCACGGGGUUUGGUAGAACUGAGGAAGAUAUACGAGCCAAUCGAGGCCGUGCUCGACAGGCAGGAUCUUGUUGUCCAUAACCACUACGAUUUCAUCGGAUUGGAACAUGUCAGAGCAGAUUACAAUGUUCAAGAACAUGGCCAGAGCUCUAAUCUCAUUGCUGCCGGGGUGUUGGCCAUUCCUCCAGUCUCUCCUGGGGAGCAGGGUAGAAUUCAUCUGCCGCAAGAUAUCUUCAAACAUGAGGGUACCCACGAGCGCUAUCUCACGGUUACCUUUCGGUUGAAAAGGGAUACCCCAUGGGCAAAGGCCGGCCAGAUGAUAGCCUGGUAUCAGAGUCCACUGCGAGCGCUUGCCACAGAUCCCGCGCCAUCCCAAGCCAGCACCAUCUCCUCGAAGCAUGGAAGCAACUCAGGAACGCCUACAUCUACACCAGCUUCCUCCAGCACACCAUCGCUCAUAUUCUCCGCAACCAGCCUGGAGUACAAAAUCUGCAACUCCUCGACCACCGUCACCUUUGACCGGGUCCGCGGCCAACUCUCCUCGCUGAUCCAUAACUCGAACCCACUCCUUGCCGAUACGCGUGUUGAGAGCCACAACCCAGCUUCACCCUCGCCGCUGUUGUCCCUGGACUUCUGGCGGCCACCGACGGACAAUGACAACGCAUGGCAGUCGGAUGAAUGGAAAAGAUACGGGUUGCAUAUGAUGACAAGUCGAUUGAAGAGUUUCCAAGCGUGCGUGCGUUCGAGCCUGACUGCCUCGACGUCGAUCCAUACAUCCCCGGCCAACGGAAGCGUGGAGGUUUCGGCGGUGACUUUGGAGGCCGAACAUGCGCUCUCUCCACCGAGUCAGGCCUGGCAUUUCGACGCCGUUACUACCUACACAAUCAGUACCGUUUCGAGCCCUGGGUCGGGGUCGAGUGACCCCAACAGCACCUCCGCCGCCGCAGGUACAGAGUCUGGGCUGACAAUACAAAUCCACACGCGACUUAUACCACGUGGCUCGCAUCCCCGCAACCUCCCUCGAGUCGGGCAUUCCAUCCAACUCGCUCCAGAAUAUAAACAUGUCAAAUGGUUUGGCCGCGGGCCGUUGGAAUCGUACAACGACAAGUACCUCUCUCAGCAGAUGGGUAUCUGGCAAUGUAACAUCGAUGACAUGGCGGAGCACUAUGAGGUGCCACAAGAGAAUGGGAAUCGGUGUGAUGUCCGAUGGUGCACGGUCGCUGCAGCAACAUUAGCUGAUGCCGCUCCCACCACAGUCACUGGAGACGAUGGCGGCGAGGAAGCCGGACGCGACCUCGCUGAUGGGAAGAGGACACCAGUUCCAACAAGUCGUUUCCCCGUCCUCCGCGCGACGUAUCUCCCCGGCACACCUGAGCGCGACAGCCCUCACAUGCAGUUUUCCACGCAGCUCUACGACGCGGCCACGGUCGAGAUGGCAAAACACCCAUGCGACCUACUCGAGCCAGGCAAGCGGAGGAAAGGGGCCCUUUGGCGGCUCGACGCAGACGUCGCGGGAGUGGGAACUGCGGCGUGUGGCCCCAGCACAGAGGAAGAAGAUCAGGUUCUGUGCCGGGAGAGAGAGUGGACUCUUGUCCUGCAGGUUCUCCCAAAGUUAGUAUGA